AUGGGCAGUAUUAAGAAAGUGGUCCUGAUCACUGGGUGCUCCUCUGGGAUUGGACUCAGUCUGGCCGUUGGACUGGCCUCUGAUCCGGGGAAAAACUACAAAGUUUACGCUACCAUGAGGAACCUUGAGAAGAAGCAGCGUUUGAUGGAGAGUGUGAGAGGACUGCACCAGGAUACUUUGGACAUAUUGCAGAUGGACGUGACCGACCCGGUGUCCAUCCAAAGAGCUAAGGACAGAAUACAGGAGCGCCGUGUGGACAUUUUAGUGUGUAACGCCGGCGUGGGUCUGAUGGGUCCUCUGGAGGUGCAGGGCCCAGAGGAGAUAAGGAGGGUGAUGGAGGUGAACCUGUUUGGAACCCUCCAGACCCUCCAAACCUUCCUCCCUGAUAUGAAGUCCAGAGGAGAGGGACGAAUCCUGGUCACAGGCAGCACCGGAGGGCUGCACGGCCUCCCCUUUAAUGAAGUGUACUGUGCCAGUAAGUUUGCCAUAGAGGGAGUGUGCGAGAGCCUGGCCAUCCUCCUGCAGCACUUCAACAUGCAUGUGAGCCUGAUUGAAUGUGGUCCAGUGAACACAGAUUUCUUGGUAAAUCUUCAGAAAACCGAGCCUGGCGACUCCUCCUUAAAUGCACUGGACCCUCUCACAAUGAGCCUCUACGAGAGCUUCCUGAUGCAUUGUGGGAAGGUUUUCCAAAACGCUGCCCAAGACACUGAAGAUAUUGUCAAGGUUUUUCUGGAUGCAAUCCGGUCUCCUGAACCAGCUUUCAGAUACUACACCAAUGGAACAGCGCCUCCUCUGGUCAAACUGAAGACUUCACAGCCUGACGGACUGGAGUACAUCAGGGAAAUGGGGAAACUCAUUUUUCCACAAGACCAAGAAGAAGAAGACCAUGAUCUCGUCUAG